CUUGCCUAAAGCAGGACUUUCUUUUACUCCAUCUCCAUCCCAUUAUUCCUAUUAUUCCUGUAUCCAUGGUUCAUAUAUACGUCUUUAUUCUACGCAUGUUUGAAUUUGUUCGAUAUGUAAUUAGUUCUGUAUCAUCUAACAAAAUUAACUGUUUGUAAUAAUAAGAAAUCAAUAGUUUACAUAAUUUUUCAAUUAUUAUUACAUUAGUGUCGAUAUUACAAUUAGUAUACUUAGAGAAUUGUGUGUGCACAGCAGAACCGGCAUGCCGCCAAAACGAGGUCGAGCUGCGAAGAAGGAUUCUAAGGGAAGUAAGGAUGGUGAAAAGAAAAGUAAAACACCCAAGGCAGAGAAAACACCGGCCAAGAAAACUAAAAGAGAUGAAAGUGAUACAGAAGAACCUGUACCAAAGCGUGCCAAAACAGAGGCAAAACCAGUUAUGAAUAAAACAGAUACAGAUCUGAACGCAAUUGAUUUUGGCUGCAAAAACCUAAGCGCAUCUGGAAAAAAAUACAAUCUAAAAAUUUCUAGUUGGAACGUCUCUGGCAUAAGAGCACUCCUUAAAAAAAAUGGACUUGACUAUAUUAUGAAAGAAGAUGCAGAUAUUGUUGCGCUUCAAGAGACUAAAUGUAACACAGACAAGUUACCACCGGAAGUUAAAUUGAAGAAUUAUCAUUAUUAUUUCCUUGAUAGUAAAAAACCAGGCUAUUGUGGCCUCGCAUUGUACACUAAAGAAAAGCCAAUUGACAUAAAAUACGGUUUAGAUAAUUCUGAAUUUGAUGAUGAUGGUAGAUUGAUUACUGCAGAGUAUCCAAAUUUCUAUCUAGUUAAUGUUUAUGUUCCUAAUUCUGGUCAAAAGUUAGUAACGUUACCAAAGAGAUUGAAGUGGAACGAAACUUUCAAAGCGUACAUAAAAGAAUUAGAUGAAAAGAAACCUGUUAUUAUCUGUGGCGACAUGAAUGUUGCUCACCAAGAGAUUGAUCUAACGAAUCCUAAAACAAACACAAAGAAUGCUGGGUUCACGAAGGAAGAAAGGGAAGAUAUGACCGAUUUCUUAGAGACAGGUUUUGUGGAUACAUUUCGGGCAUUGUAUCCUGAUAAAACAGGUGCAUACACGUUUUGGUCGUACUUCGCUAAUGCUCGUAGUAAAAAUAUUGGAUGGCGACUAGACUAUUUUUUGGUAUCUGAGAGGAUUAAAGACGAUGUCUGUGACAACGUCAUGAGGGAUAAAGUGUACGGCAGUGAUCACUGUCCCAUUGUACUUUAUGUUCACAUAUAAUGAUAUGAUUUCUUCCUUUUAAAUUAUAAGUAAUCGUGUUUUAUGAAUCCAUCAUAUUUAUUUCAUUUCUUACAAAUAAGAUACUUCAGAUUUGCUACCAGUUAACUAUGCAUGAUAAACUAAUUUAUUAUGUGUAUGUACUUCGAAAACAUAUGCGUUUUUUUUACUGUACCUGUAGUUUGUUAACUUUUCAAUAAAUGUAUAAAUUAAAAAAAUGUAA